AUGGCACCUCCUGUUGCGACCGAGACCUCCAACCCUGCUCUCAGCUCUCUCAAGGCUGACAAAAUCUUCAACCCAUUCUACUCUCCUGGUGCUCAUGACGACGGAGAUGCCUCUUAUAAAUACGCCGCCUACAAGCCGACUUUUCCCAAAGUCUCCUGGCCACCCCUUGAAGAACAGCCAUUCACCGAGCGUGGUACUUUCGCAGACCCAUCCAAGCCGAACCUUCUUAAAGACGGAGUUAGUAUCCGAAAUCUCACUCCGACCGUUGGAGCCGAGAUUACCGGUUUGGACCUGAGGCAAUUGACUGAUGCUCAGAAGGAUGAACUGGCUUUGCUGGUAGCGGAACGCGGGGCAGUAUUCCUGAAGAAUCAACCCGCCUCGAUUCAUGAACUCCUUGAUCUCGGCCGAUACUACGGUCCACUCCACAAGCACCCCACGACCGGUGUUCCCAAAGAGCCAGGCCUGGAAGAAGUGCAUGUUGUAUAUGCCGACAAGUCUCGCCGCCCAGAUGUUUCCGCAUAUACCAGAUUCGAACUAUGGCACUCGGAUGUGACAUACGAGAUCCAACCGCCAGGCACCACAAUCUUCAAGGUCCUCAUCUCUCCCGAACAAGGAGGCGACACACUCUGGUCAUCCGGAUAUGCACUCUACUCUUCCCUUUCUCCCUACCUUCAAAACUACCUCGAGAACUUGUCGGCGGUGCACAGUGGAGUAAGGCAAGCCGAAGGCUCUCGAGCGGCUGGAGGCCAUGUGAGGAGGGAACCUGUCGAGACUGUUCACCCACUGGUGAGAGUGCAUCCGGCGACUGGGUUGAAGAGUGUGUUUGUCAAUGCAGGCUUCACACGCCGGAUCGUCGGAGUUCCCAAAGCCGAGUCCGAUGCGAUCCUCGACUUCUUAUUCCACCAAAUCGCAGAGAACCCUGAUUUCCAGGUUAGAUGGCACUGGGACGAUAACGAUGUUGUAUUGUUCGAUAACCGCAUUGUGACUCACGCAGCAACGUUCGACUUUUUCCCUGCCCAACGGCACGCACUUCGCGUUACGCCUCAUGCAGAACGACCGCUCUCUGUGAAAGCCUAUGAGGAAAAGACAGGAAAACGGGCGUUGGAUAGGCAGAAGGAGAUCUACAAGGCGUUGGGAGUCGAGGAUACGGUUGGUGAAGGGGUUGUCAGGGGAUAUGCCGAUUAA